CGCCGCCCCGCCGCUGGGCUGCGGGUGGGCCCUGUCCCUCCUCCUGUAUCUAACCCGCCCCCCGCGCGCGGCGGCGCAUCACUUCCGGUGCGGCGCGGGGCAGGCGCCGGAAGAGCCUCCAUAGGUGUUGGUGGAGAGCUGCGGCGGGGGGAUUUCGCUGGCGCCAUGGUGGAGGAAGUCCAAAAGCAUUCUGUGCACACGCUUGUGUUCAGAUCUUUGAAGAGAACCCAUGAUAUGUUUGUAGCUGAUAAUGCCAAGCCAAUCCUGUUAGAUGAAGAAAGUCACAAAGUAAAGAUGGCAGUCAAGCUGCGUACAGAGUAUGGCUCUGUGUUGCAUAUGCCUACUCUUAAAGAAAACUUGAGGGAGAAAGGAGGUCCAAACACCGGGGAUCCUUAUGGACACAAACAGUAUCCUGGAAAUCAAGGAGAAGAACUUGAGUAUAUGAUAACUGGUACACAUCCAUACCCACCUGGUCCUGGUGUGGCUCUAACAGCAGAUACUAAGGUCCAGAGGAUGCCAAGUGAAUCUGCAGCACAAUCCUUAGCAGUAGCACUUCCUGCUUCUCAGUCCAGGCUGGAUGCAAAUCGGACAGCUGCUGGUGUGGGUGAUAUUUACAGGCACGCUGGAAUACCUGAACGUUCACAGCCUCCUGGGGCUAUGGUGGAAGCUGGUGGAAACAAAAAUUCUGCACUAAUGGCAAAGAAGGCUCCAACCAUGCCCAAACCUCAGUGGCAUCCACCUUGGAAACUGUACAGAGUUAUCAGUGGUCACCUGGGGUGGGUGAGAUGUAUUGCAGUAGAACCCGGGAAUCAGUGGUUUGUCACUGGCUCUGCUGACAGAACUAUAAAGAUUUGGGACCUUGCUAGUGGCAAAUUGAAGUUGUCUUUGACGGGACACAUCAGUACUGUACGAGGGGUGAUAGUAAGUGCAAGAAGUCCGUACCUCUUCUCUUGUGGAGAAGACAAACAAGUGAAAUGCUGGGAUCUUGAAUACAAUAAGGUUAUCAGACAUUACCAUGGUCAUCUAAGUGCUGUCUAUGGUUUAGACUUGCAUCCAACAAUUGAUGUACUGGUAACAUGUAGCAGAGAUUCAACAGCACGAAUUUGGGAUGUGAGGACGAAAGCCAGUGUGCACACACUAUCAGGACACACAAAUGCAGUAGCAACAGUGAAAUGCCAAGCUGCAGAACCACAGAUUAUUACAGGCAGUCAUGAUACUACCAUACGGCUGUGGGAUUUAGUGGCAGGAAAAACGCGUGUUACUUUAACAAAUCACAAGAAAUCUGUAAGAGCAGUAGUGUUACAUCCAAGACAUUACACAUUUGCAUCUGGUUCACCAGAUAAUAUUAAACAGUGGAAAUUCCCAGAUGGAAACUUCAUUCAGAACCUCUCUGGUCACAAUGCAAUUAUCAACACACUGGCUGUAAAUUCUGAUGGUGUUCUGGUCUCUGGAGCUGAUAAUGGUACUAUGCAUCUUUGGGACUGGAGAACCGGAUACAAUUUCCAGAGAGUACAUGCAGCUGUGCAGCCAGGCUCUUUGGACAGUGAAUCAGGAAUAUUUGCUUGUGUUUUUGACCAGUCAGAAAGCAGAUUGCUAACAGCUGAAGCUGAUAAAACCAUUAAAGUAUACAAAGAAGAUGAUACUGCGACUGAAGAAACUCAUCCUGUCAGCUGGAAACCAGAAAUUAUCAAGAGAAAGCGAUUCUGAGGCAGCAACAUACUCUCUAAUUUUGUUUUGGCUUUCCGGAGAGCAUUCAGUCACAUUCUGUUCUACCUAGAACAACAGAGCAGGAAGUCCACCAAGUCAUUGCUGUUUCAGCAUGUUUUAUAAUAAAUUGUAUUUCUCUUUCCUUUUGUCUUUUUUUGGUGUGAUCCCAGCAAACCAGUUGCAGCUGUUAACUUUCUCUUUGUGGAGCAUGUGUAGUUCAUGACAAGGAUAGAUGUGUGUGUGUGUGUGCAGUUAAUUUUUUAUAUGAAUCUAUUGAGUGUAAGUCUAAAAAUACUUUGAGCCAGGUUUUCUGAAAGACCCUUGCUUGAGUCCAAAACUUAAUUGCAAAUUUAUGCAUAGAAGCCAUCUACUGCAAAUUUCCUGAGUGACACUUUUAGAUUUUAGACCAGUAUUGCUUACUGUACAUAUGCUAAGUAUAUACUGUAGUGGAACAGUAUAUAAAUUACAGAGUAAUAAUCAAGAAAGAAGCAGGACAAUAUAAUAAUUAUAAUAUAGUUUGCUUUAUAAACACGGCCACUGGGUGUAGCUGCUAUUGCUGUCAUUGAAUGAAAUGGAUCUUCAGAGCGCUUCUUUCCAUAGGAGAGCUUUCAUACAUAACUAUUCAGAGUGGACCUUCUAUAGCAAGGACCACUGCAGAUCAUAUUGUUCACAGUCAUUACAGGGUUAGGACGAGUGGACCUUCUUUGUAAAUCAUCUGUUUGCUUUUUCCAGUUAUCCAAAGUAUAGAUGACAGAGUACAGCAAACUUUUAAAACUGAGUUCUAAGAAGAAAAGCUUUUAAGUCAUUCCAGCCUUAAUUUUACAUGUUGUCUCCCCGUGAUCUUAUGAAGGAAGUUAAAAUAAAUAAAAAAGUAUUUCUGAAUGAUAAUUUGUACUCCUGAAGGGACAAAUCUUUCAUUGUGUUUGCAAACAGUCAUGUAACAAGCAGUAAACAUGUAAUCCUCCUUGCCACAGCUUAUCUCUGCUGUCUGAGCUGCCCUGAAGCGCUUUCUAUUCACAGGGGAAGAAAUUAGUGAAGUAAUGGAGCUGUUCAGCUGUUGGCAACUUUGCCAGCCCUGCUGGUACCUGCAGUGGCAAGUGCCAUGCUGGGUAGAUGCUGAGAAUGGUUCUGUGGCCACAGCAGUGAUAGUAAGCAGUUCACAAUAACUAUACUCUGCCAGUCUGACUUUUUCCAAAUCUGGGAUUUAUGUUGGAGAAAUGACAGUUACUUGCAAUGUAACUUUAAAAAGCUAGUAAAACUAAGUGUUGUUUAUAUUA